CUUCCCUUCCCGCAUUUCACCGACCAUGUCGACUCCGCUGCAAGCUGGGCGAUUCAAUCAUGAAGACAACAGAAGCCUUUGAGAGUCUAUGGAGCCUCUCUGCCGCCAGGAGCCGGCCAAGCUCUCCGAGCGCCGAGCGGAGACCCGGGCCUCGGCGCUACGAGUGGAGAUUGCGGCUUGGCAGCUGCAGGAGAAGCGCCUUUCUGCAGAGCAGACCAGCGAGGCCGCCGCCUGCCGCCGCCUGCGCGAACGCUUGGCAUCCGAGGAGUUGGGCCGCAGCCGAGCGCAGGAGGCUGCCAUUGACGAGCGUCGGUCUGAAGCUUGGGCGGCGCAGCGGUCCCUACAGGUGCACCACGGCCUGGCGCGCGCGAAGCGGGCCGCGGCGGAACUGCGGCAGCUGUGGCGGAACUCGGUGGACGAGGGGAUGCACACUGAGCCAGAGAAGCAGGAGGAUCUACGACAAUUGGAGUUGGAAGAACGUGAAGCGGAAGUCUCUGCUUGGUGGUCGCGAAAACGCUUGCAGGACCUGCAACGGGAGGUGGAAGACCUGGAGGAGCAUCGUCAUGAGAUGAUGGCAGAGAAGCAGCUGCUGCGUCUCAAGGAGGAGGAGUAUACUCAGCAACUGAGGGCCUGUCAGGUCGAGGCAGAGCGGGUGGCGGUGCAAGAGGAGAAUGCCCGAGUGGAGCUGGUGGAUAACACCCGCCACUACAUGUCGCGGGCGAGGCGCAACAGGAAACUCGUGGAGCAGCUGCGACGCGACGAGGAAGCCCUGAUGCUACGUCAGAAGUCUUAUGCCUUUGCUCUGGCAGCCAAGACGAUCAAUGAGAGGAGCUAAGCAGCUUGGUUGAGGUGGCUGAGGAUUCACAUGCCGAACAGGACUGAAUCAACGACCAGAACUGCAGAAGUUGGAGCAAAGGAGGCACACGAGCAGAUGGAGGAGGAGGAGGAGCAGGAAGAGGCACCGGGCACUGGAAGAGGAGCUGAGGAAUUCGAGGCAUUCAGCAUCCUCGAGAGGCCGGGGCAGACUUUGCCCCUUCCAUGCCGAAGAGCAGCCCUACCAGG